GGAACACAGACUAGAGUUGUUUUGAGCUACGUUCCAAACCUACAACUGGAGUGCAACUAUUUUCCCUGACGUUUCAAUUAUGUGACAUAAAAUGUAUAAAACAUAUGUAAAAUUUGACAUUUGCUGCACUCAGAAAAUGGAUCGUAGGUUUGGAACGUAGCUGUGGUGCUUUUGUGUUUUGCGGGUUUUAUCGAUUUUUAAAUAUUUUAAUUUUGAUGCUUUGUUUAAAUAACAAGCGCUUGGCAUAAAAAGCUCGAUUUAAGACAACAAUUUGAUAAUAAUUCUUUUUGUGCCUCAUCAAUAUGGAUAUCAGAACAUAUUUAUUUAUUUUUGCAGGUUACUAUUAAUUGAAUUUAAAGAGAAAUGAAUUUGAUAAAGUUCGGUUUGGCGUUUAGAUUUAAUAAUUGUUAUUAUCAUAUGUUGCCGCUGUUCUAUGUUCAUUCAACGAUUUGGUUUUCAGGCUUGUGUGAAGUAUCCUCAUCUAGAGUUUUGGAAUUGAGUGAUAAAUUCAUUGAUAUCAGUAAUGAUGGAAUGUGGUUCGUCAAGUUUUAUGCUCCUUGGUGCGCUCAUUGCCGCCGUUUGGAGCCUAUAUGGGCCCAUGUUGCACAGAAUUUAUAUAACAGCCCUAUAAAAGUGGCUAAAGUAGACUGUACUAGAUUUACAGCAGUUGCCACACAUUUUAAAAUAAGAGCUUACCCCACAAUUAUGUUCUUAAAAGGAUCUUUUCAACAUGAAUACACUGGUGACAGAGUAAAAGAAGACAUGGUUAACUAUGCCUUAAGAAUGUCUCAACCUGCAAUUCAAAAGGUGUCUCAAGCUGAUAGCUUGGGGUAUUUAAAAGAAACCCAUCCAGUAUUCUUUGGUUACAUAGGGAAACAGCAAGGUCCCUUAUGGGAAAGUUUUACAUUUAAUGCACAAAAAUAUCAACCUCAUACAUGGUUUUAUACAAUGUCGCAUGAUAUCAUAAAACAAGAAAUAACACCACCUAAUGAAACUGCAGUGUUCGUUUAUAAGGAAGAUGAUAUAUUUUUCUUUGAUGAGAAUCAAAAAUUGUUAGAUGAUAAUGAAGCAGUUAAUGUUACAUUAGAUAAGUGGAUAAAUUCAGAAAGAUUUGGAUUCUUUCCAAAAAUUACUAGAGCAAAUAUAAAUGAUCUCUUGGACACAGAAAAAUACAUAGUAAUUGUAAUUGUGUCUGAAAAUAAACUGAAUGAAAUAACACAGACUGAACAGGAUUUUAAGGAUAUGGUGGAAGGAAUUGUCAAGAAGAAGAAGAGAGACCUGCAUCAUCGUUUCCAAUUUGGCUGGAUGGGUACUCCAGACGUGGCCAAUUCAAUUGUGAUGACUGAACUCACAGUGCCUAACUUACUAGUGCUCAACUCCACCACGAACCAUCACCAUUUACCUGAUGACGAUCCUGUGCUAAUGACACCUGAGGCUGUUUUAAUUUUCCUAGAUCAAAUUCACACACAAACUGCACCGGUAUAUGGUGGUAACGGUUGGCCUGUACGAAUUUAUAGAGGAUUCUUUGAAGCGCGUACAACUCUCACGAACAUGUGGCGUGGGAAUCCGGUGCUGACGGCCUUAGUGUUCGGCUUACCGCUUGGAUUUCUUUCACUGAUCUGCUAUUCCGUGUGCUGCGCCGAUAUUUUAGAUGCCGAAGAAGAAGAAGUGCUAGAAACACAUGAGAAGAAGGACUAAGUAGUUAUGAUUUUAAUCUUGUCUAUAGGAUUUAUUUGAAUGAAUGCUACAGUAAAAAUGUAAAUGAAUUGAUGUAAGUUUGUUAUUUGAUGUAAAAAGUACUUAUUUCUUUUAUGCUGUUGUAUAUUACGUUCAUUUUUAAUCUAUUAAAGAGUAUUAUUAUUAUUACCGAAAAUAUAGCUGGGUCUGAAAUACCAGCACUUUACUACUUUCACUUACUUGGCUAUUUGUAAACUUGACAAAAGUCUCUCCUUUCCGCUCCCUAUAGAGUAUGAUGAGGACAACUUCCUGUCAAAAUGUAAAAUAAGAAAUACGAAAAGCCAUGUGAAGUGCCGGAAUGAUAGAAUUAUUUGCAUAAUAAAUUGUAAGAAAAGCUUUAUUUUAUUCAGGUUGUACAAAACAACGGGGCAGCUGCUGAAAUGGCAAGAAGUAAAGAUGUAAUAAAAUUUAAGAAUUAUGGCCAACUACUGUUUCGAAGCUUCAUGUCAAUUUAAUUUACUUAAAUGAAAAAACUUUAACAAUGUGUUAAUGAAAAUAAUCAGGUCUUUCUCAAUACCUUUUUAGGAUUAAUUUAAUAGUAAGUCAUUUAUUUAAUUUUCGUAUAAUUGAGUAUUUUCCAUAUACAAUACCCCCUUUAAUCAGCUGCCGCAAUAUUUUUUACAUCCUAUUUAAUUUAUUUUAAUUACAGAUCUCUUUGUUAUUAAUGAUCAAAUAAUUAUGAACCUUAUUUGUAUUUUUAAUUUUAUGUUUUAAUUCCUACUUUCAAAUUUUACCAUACAACUAUUAGAUAAGAAUAAAAAGCUCGUCAAUUCACAUAAUUUAAUAAACUACCUAUUCCAGUAUCAUUGUGUUGAAAGUAAUCAACACUUCCAAUUAAAACCAUAAUAUGUAGAAUGUGAUAAAUUGCAUUGAAUAGCUAGAUUUAUAAAUAUAAAGAAAAUUUCACUAGAAAAAACAACACCUGAUCCAGUCCCUGU